UUAAAUUUAUGAUCUGAUAACAUUCGUUUAUAAAAAUGUUAAAAUUUUAUAAUAAACAAAAACUUUAAUCACGCUCAAAAUUGGGUACAAAAAAUAUUAAAUAAAAUGGAUUUUACACCAUCAGAAAAUUUGUUAUUAAAAAAUUCCGAAGUUAAAUUAAAAGUUUAUCGAAAACGAUGGAUAAUAUUACUUAUUUACGUAUUGUAUUCUUCAUUAAAUGCUUUUCAAUGGAUGGAAUAUUGCAUUAUUGAAAAUGUGGUAAAAAAAUAUUACCUAAUUAGUUCUGUGGAAGUGGACUGGACAUCAAUAAUUUAUAUGGCGCUAUAUCCCAUACUAGUGAUUCCUGCUUCUUACAUCAUAGACAGAUUUGGCUUACGAACAGCUGCUAUAAUUGGAGGAUUCGGCACUGCCAUAGGAGUUAUAGUAAAAAUAUUUUCUGUAAAUCAAAAUUAUUUUUAUAUAGUUUUAAUUGGACAAGGUAUUGGUUCCGCUGCCCAAGUAUUUGUGCUGUGUCUUCCGUCAAAAAUUGCAGCUAUUUGGUUUGCACCCAACGAGGUUGUAGACUUGUUGAACGAAAGAAAUGUUUUGGACUUCCAUUGUCUUAGUAUUUUUAAUCACGACGUUUCUAUAGAAUACCAGUAUACUGAAAAUGGCAGAGAAACUGUUUCUCUGCCAAAAAGUAGUAGCAGAGAAAACGGCAGAGUAAAUGAACAAAUGGCAAACAAAAACGACAGAAAAAUGGCAGAAAACGGCAGAGAAAAUUUCUGCAAGUGUCCUUUUGUGAUAGAUAUAAAUAACUGUUCUAUUGAGGAUCUUCAUGUUCAUUGGGAAUCUUUGGAACACAGCUUGGAUUUGCAUUGGGUUUUGUGGGUACCAUCUGCAAUCGUAAAAAAUGAAAACGACAUUAAAAAAGUUGAGGAACAAUUAAAUCUUUUAUGUGGUGGUCUUGCGGCCAUCAUGAUACCAAUAUCUAAAUAUUACAAAAAAUGGACAAGAAGUAGUGUUUUACUAGAUAGAUAUUUUUGCGAACUGAAUUUUACUCUGUCGACCGUAUUCCGCUAUCAGGAUGCUGAAAAUGAUGUUGGAUUAAUGGGUUUUACCAUGGCAAUUGUUGGUAUGCUUGGUUCUAUAAUUUUUGGAUAUAUUUUAGAUAAAACACACAAAUAUAAGGAAUCCACGCUAUUUAUAUACUUAUCUUGCGCUCUAGCCAUGGGAUUAUUUCAUUAUGCUCUAGAAAUUCGGGACAAAAGAUUGGUUUACCUGGCAAUUUCUAUAGUAGGUUUUUUUACGAAUGCUUACAUGCCUGUAGGAUUCGAAUUUGCCGUAGAGCUAACUUAUCCUUUAGAUGAAGGAACCACAACAGGAGUGUUAAAUGCCAUGACCCAAGGACUUGGAGUGAUAUUUACUAUUUUUCUUGGACAAAUGAAUGCUAUUUAUGGUCCAUAUUUUGUGCUUUUUUGUGAAACUGGACUUAUGUUCCUUGGAACUCUUGGGACUGUUUUUAUUCCCAACGAAUUAAAAAGACAAAAAGCUUUGUUGUACAAUAAAGCGAUUUUAAAACAGGCAAAUAUUUCUAUUUGAUUGUCCGAAGCUUU